AUGGAGGAAUACACUAAUAAUCACCCAAGUCCAAGGGCAAAUUUGUUGUACUCCUUGGCCGGUGGUUCAAGCGGAGGAUCAAACUGCCACCAUCAGCUUCCCAUGAACACCUUUCAUCUUCAAUCUGGUGGAUCGGAUCACUGCUUUCAAUCGGAUCAAGAACCACACCCUAGUGUGAAAACCGAGUCCAACAAUUCCCACCUUCGCUCUCCUAUUUUCCACUAUCCUCUAAUGAGAACAAAUCUUCACCACACUCAGCAAGGAGGGAGCCAGAGCUCUAACGAACUUGAAGCCAUAAAAGCCAAAAUCAUUGCCCAUCCUCACUACUCCAAUCUUUUAGAAGUUUACAUGGAUUGCCAAAAGGUGGGAGCUCCGCCAGAAGUUGUGGCGCGUUUGGCUGCGGUACGACGGGAUUUUGAGGCACCGCAGCGAUCUUCGGUUAGGUCUAGGGAAGGUUGCAAGGACCCAGAACUUGACCAAUUCAUGGAAGCUUACUGUGACAUGCUGGCGAAGUAUCGAGAGGAAUUAACGAGGCCUAUACAAGAGGCUAUGGAUUUCAUGCGUAGGACGGAAACUCAGCUGAACAUGCUUUGCAAUGGAACCGUGCGGAUCUUCUCUGAUGAUAAAUGUGAAAACAUUGGUUCAUCGGAAGAGGAUCAAGACAACAGUGGCGGAGAAACUGAACUGCCCGAGAUUGAUCCUCGGACAGAAGACCGUGAACUCAAAAACCGCUUGCUCAGGAAGUACAGUGGUUACUUAAGUAGCCUUAAGCAAGAACUUUCAAAGAAGAAGAAAAAAGGAAAACUGCCUAAAGAUGCAAGGCAAAAGCUACUUAGCUGGUGGGAAUUACAUUACAAAUGGCCUUAUCCUUCGGAAUCAGAGAAGGUGGCGCUGGCAGAAUCAACUGGUUUGGACCAGAAGCAAAUAAAUAACUGGUUCAUAAACCAAAGGAAGCGGCAUUGGAAACCAUCGGAAGACAUGCAAUUUAUGGUGAUGGAUGGCUUGCAUACGCAGAACACUGCUCUCUAUAUGGAUGCCCACUACAUGGUUGAUGGCCAUUACCGUUUGGGACCAUAA